AUGGCUAAAUGGUUUUGGAUUGUAUCAGACACUGGCUUUGUUCUCGAUGUGGCAGGCAUAAAUUCUGCGGCGGGAGCGACUGUUCACUUAUUUUUCCUUAAAAGUCCAGAUGAAUAUAUUUGGUUGAAAGUAGUCAGUGAUAUUAUUUUUAUUCCUCUUUAUAAAGAUCCAAUGAACGACCCACAUUUGGAAAUGCAGCCAAGGAGACCAAACGAAAAAUUUCAACAUUGGACAUAUGACGAUAAUAGCUGUACAUUAAAUUCUGCUCUUCAAAAUUAUGUUUUGACUGUAAAAAAAAGUGUUUUACGCGGAGGACUUGGCUGCAAACAUCUCGAUACACUAGUCCCGAAAACUCAAAGGUUUACUUUUGUCCCAUGUGAAUGGCCUGAAUAUCGCGAUUGA